UUAUAUUCUCCUACAUUCCUUUCAAAUGGUACCAAGAAUAUGCAUAUUCUUGCUUCAGGUCCUGAGCUACAGGCAGUUAGAUUUGGGUGUGUCAUUUUAGGUGAAAAUUGACAAAAAAAAAGGGGCGGAUCUUUAUUAAGUUUGGUCGAAAACUCUGUGCUAUGCCAAAUUGUAAACUACUUGUAACUACGAAUGGAGCAUCACAUUAGCCCGUUACAGUUUGUUAGCUAGCCUACAGAUGCUUUACAGUUAAAAGUUAAAUACACCUUUGUCGCACUAAGCCAAUAGUGAUGGGAAUUACCGUUUUAUAUUAUUUGAUGUAGAAAUACCGGCAUGAUAUACAGUCAGAUGAGCUAUCUGGUAGUUGGAUCAAAUGCAACAUAGUAGCAGGCCAACUGUACGUGUGCGUGACAACAUUAUUUCGCAGCAACAAUACACCCGCCAUUAUGACGCAAUUAUUGAGUGAUCAUGUUAUCGCUAGUAGCCUUCAUUACUGCUCUCAGCGCAUUGGACAAUUAUUGGAGGCCAUCAAUAAUGCCUUGGACGAGCGCGUUCAUUACAUUUAGUCAGUAAAUAAAUAUUUGAACGACUUUACUCUUGUGAUUUGGAAUUUCGUGCAUCUACGCUUGUGUUCAUAAGCAGCAAGAUGCCUUAUCCACAUAAAGUGGUGAAUAUUCCAACGGGAUUCAAGGACAUGCUUGAGGGAGUGAGCAAGGCUGUGGUGAAGUAUCAACCGGAGAGUAUCCCCGCCUUCGCAGCAGGCUUCUUCAAUGCGCUUCUAAUCUUCAGAGACGAGAAGCCAGGCAUGCCUAUCCAUGAGCUUAUUAAAGAAUUCAGGGCUACAAAAGGCUCUCAUUUCUACAGGAAGAAGAAUAAAGCUGUACAACCACAAGUACAGCCGCAGGUCACUGUCCAAGGUCCUGAAAAGUACCCCCAUCCCAAGCCAAUCCCGGAGUGGGAGGCAGGCCCGUUGCUAAUGGAAGCUAGAUGUGAGGAUGUCAGGGAGCCUUUCUCCUUCAUCUCUAGUGACCAGCCCUGCAUCAGCCGAGACAUCCAGGCUAUGGAUGCAGUGGCAGGAGCUUCUACUGACGGUGGCCAGAACGAGUGUGGCCUGCAGGUCUCUGCCACCACCAUCACACUAUCCCCAGGGCCCAUCCCAGCAGACAUUGCCCAGGGCCUGGCCCUGUACCGGCGCAAGAUUGACCUAGAGUCGUCCCCCCGGGACUCUCCUCCACUCGGGGCUUCCGCCAACAACUCCUGUGCGCGUGUCCGUUCGGCCCUCUUUGAGCGGGUCUCCUUCAGUGAGAUCAGCCAGGAGUUGGAUGCGGUGCUGAUCCGGACUGGCGUGCUCCCAUCAGAGUCCCUGAUCAUCGUGCAGACAGAGCAUGUACCCAAGAUGAUUGUGUUCCAGGCUCAUCCCCUAUUGGCUGAGAACGCAGCAGUGGCUCCGCCUCCGUGUGACGUCCCUGUCAGGUAUAAGUGCAGCUGUGCCUCAAUGGUGGGCGCCCUCGAAGACGUGGUGGCACUAUUGGAGAUGGCCGGUGCAUCUCAGCCCAGCUAUCCCAUCUGUGAGAGAGCAGGUCCUGUGGUGGAGAGACCAGCUGCUAUGGUCGCUGAGCCUGAGGAGUCUCUAGCCCUUGGAGACAAGGUUGUACCCCUUGAGGUCUACUCUGCACCAGUCGAACCCCAGGAGAUGACACCCUCAAGGCCCUCCAUCCCAGUUGGAACACUGGAGCUCCCUGUUUCAGCCCCUGCUGUGUCUGACUCCCCUGCUGUGGCUGACUCCCCUGCUAUGGCUGACUCCCCUGCUAUGGCUGACUCCCCUGCUAUGGCUGACUCCCUUGCUAUGGCUGACUCCCCUGCUAUGGCUGACUCCCCUGCUAUGGCUGACUCCCCUGCUAUGGCUGACUCCCCUGCUAUGGCUGUCCAAGAGGUGCAUAUUAGUUUGACGGAUCGUCCUCUCUCAGUCAUCCUACACUCCCUCUCUGGUGCAACUUCACCAUCCGAGACAGCAGAGGAUGUGAUGCUGGUUCCUAUGGUAGUGUCCCCUCCUGAAUCAGUCAAAAGGGUGGUGAGAGAGUCCUCUGAUCUUCUGUGUCCUCUUCCUGCAGCGACAUUGGAGACUGAGUCUGUUAGUGUGAUUUGUCGCCCUCCUUCUCCAGUGACUGUGGAGAUCCAGUCUUCCAUUCUGGCUUCUCCCCUUACUGCUGCAACCGUGGAGACAGAAUCCUCCAAGCGAAUUUGUCCUUCUGUGGUCAGCGUGGAGACUGAAUUGGCCGAUAUGCUAUCUCCUUCUGCUGCAGAGACAGUGGAGGCCAAAUCUUCUGUUUUGACCUGCCCCCAUACUGCAGUGACCGACGACUUUGUGGCCCCUGUUUCUGUGUACCUUCCUGUUGUGGCACCAGAAGAGACCGGUGUCCCCAGUGUGCAGCUCCCAGCUCCCGCGCCUGCCUUGACAGGGGAAACUCAGUGCCAGUCUGCUUCACCAUGCCUACCCACCCUCACGGCCGCAGGAGAGUCCAGAACCCCCUUCUUGGUCUACCUCCCACUGCCUGCUCCAGAGCUGGCUAAGACCCCUGGUCUGUUGUGCCAACUGGGCCUGGGACCAGAGGAAGCCAAGAGCUUCCCUUUCCUGUGUCUCCCUAUUUCUGACAUCCCCAGGACCCCAAGUCUUGUGACUGCCAACCUGGCUCCAGCUCAGACUGCGGCUGUGGCUCCUGCUGCUGCUCCGGAUUUACCAAGGACCAACCUCCCUGGAGUGACAGAUAUCCACAGGACCCUGAGUUAUGUGGCGGCUGGAGCUCAGGAGCUACCACGGCUCCAGAGCUAUGCGGCUAACACCGCUGAAGUCCAGGAGCCACCGAGGACCCCCAGCUAUCUGGCUAACACCCCUGGAGUUCAGGAAAUACCACACAACCCCAGCUAUCUGAAAAACUCAGCUGUCUUCCAAGAUAUGUGCUUUAUGUGCCCCUCCGUUACCGCCUCCAAUCUGUCCAGGAACAAUAGCUUUGUGCACUCUCCGGCUGCCAUGGCUCCACAGCAGCUGAUUAGGGGCCCGUGUAUGAUGUCUCUGUACCCCCAGGGAGGGCCUGUGAUGGGCCACUGUACCCACUCCCCAGGACAGUGUCCUGCGUCUCUGCAGCAGCAGGCUGGCAUGGCUCCGCUCAACCACGGACAGACGACCAACACCAACUUCAUGCCCAUUUGUUCUCAAGGGCCAAGCCUGUGUAGCUGCCUCGGCAGAACUGGCAGCCACUGGCGCCUCUGUCACCUGACGCGACCCGAGUCCCAGGGCAGGGUGGGCGGCAUGAUCUGCCCCUACCAGAACUCCCAGACCAUGAUGCACUGCAACAGCCUGGAUCACAUGGCCAACAUCCCCAUGUACCAGGACUGUGGCCACUACUCUAGCAGCUGCCACCUGCUGCCACCGUGCUCCCAGUCGUCCCACGGCAGCCUGCACACCCACCACGUGGCCGAGCCCCGUUGCUCUGCUCACAACCUGGGCACCUCCUUCGUCCAGCCCCAGAACUGCUCCUCCGACCCCCUCUUCCACUACCCCCAGCAGUACCACCUGGUGGCCACCCCCUCCCAGGAGAGGCAGCAGGCCCUGUGCCCUCUCCAGUGCCCACUGCUGCAGCAGCGCAACAGCUCCCUGCUAUUCUGUGGGCACCAGGGGGAGCUGAGCAGGCUGGGCUCCUCCAGCUGUGUCCCUGCCACCAACCAGAGACAGAACCAGGGAGGGGUGGGGCAGAAGAAUAACAACCCCAGCUGCGUAUCGCUUCAUAACAAAAGAUUAGACACGAGCGCAAACAACAAUCAAGGCUGCGUCAUGAACUGCAAUCCCCAGGGCAACUAAUCCUGUCUUCACAUGAGAAGGACCUUAUUUUUGCAGUUGCCAAUGUCUCUUUUGCAUUCUUUUAAACUGAUAAUGAGGAAUAAAUAUACUUACAUUGCAUGAA